AUGAGUGAUCAAGUCAGAGACGAGCUCAUCAAUUGCUUGCGUCGAAAUGCGGAUGUGUUCGCAUUUAGUACCGCCGAUCUCAAGGGAAUAGACAGAAGCUUGGCAGAGCAUUGCCUCAACGUGGAUCCUAAAGUUAAGCCAGUAAAACAGAGAACACGGAAUUUUGGGGCCGAGAAGGACGCUGCAAUCAGGGAGCAGGUCCAAGGGCUGUUGGAAGCAGGGCACAUUGAGGAGGUGCAAUAUCCAGAAUGGAUCUCGAAUGCUGUGAUGGUACCAAAGAAAACAAAUACUUGGAGGAUGUGUGUGGACUUCAGAGACUUGAACGCUGCCUGCCCAAAGGAUCACUAUCCUCUGCCGAGGAUUGACCAGCUGGUGGAUGCCACUUCGGGAUGCGCCUUACUAUCUAUGAUGGACGCGUAUCAGGGAUACCAUCAGAUUAAAAUGAACAGAGGAGACAUUGCCAAAACAGCCUUCGCCGUCUGUUGUGGGGUUUACGGCUGGAGAAGUAUGCCGUUUGGCUUGAAAAAUGCGGGAGCCACGUAUCAGCGGAUGAUGGAAAAAGUCUUCAAGGAACAGCUUUCCAAAAAUAUCUCAGUGUAUGUGGAUGACAUGCUCAUGCGGAGUAUCAGGGCGAAGGACCAUGUAUCUGACUUGGAAGAGAUCUUUACUGUUGUUAGAAAACACCGGCUCAUGUUGAAUCCAGCAAAAUGCACUUUUGGGGUCACAACAGCGGAAUGCCGAGCGGCAUUUGAGGAUCUCAAGGUAUAUCUAGCAAAGCUCCCGACUCCGACCAAGCCGGACCCGGGAGAAACGUUGUAUCUAUACAUAGCAGUGGGGGAAGAUGCAAUCAGCUCUGUGCUUAUCAGAGAGGAGGGAAGUCACCAGAAACCUAUCUACUUCAUCAGCCGAAUCAUCCAGGGUCCUGAAUUGAAUUACACAGAGAUAGAGAAGGCUGCUCUAGCAGUCAUGGUCACGGCAAGAAAGUUGAGGCCUUACUUUUUAUCACAUCGGGUAGUGGUGCGCACUGCCCUACCUUUUAGACAAGUGUUGGGGCGGCCGAAUUUGUCGGGAAGAAUGGUCAAAUGGGCUGUGGAGUUGGGGGAAUAUGAUGUGGAGUAUGAGCCGAGAACGGCGAUCAAAGCACAAGCUUUAGCAGAUUUCAUACAAGAAACAACUCGCCGUCCUUUGCCAGAGUUUUGGGUUGCUUUCGUGGACGGAUCAGUAACGAAGGAGGGAUGUGGAAUUGGGGUGUACAUCACCUCCCCAGGUUAUGGGAUAUACCAGUUCGCCAUCAAAUUCGCGUGCCGGUUGUCCAACAAUGAGGCUGAAUAUGAGGCUGUGGUCAGAGGGGCGCAUAUUCUGUCCGAACUCAAGGCCGAAUGUGUCAUCAUCAAGACAGACUCCCAGUUAGUAGCUCAACAGUUGUUAGGGGCCUAUAAUGUCAAAGACCAGCGGAUGAAGGCGUACCAUUGCAAAAUCAGCGAGAUGAAAGAAAGGUUCACGGAAUUUAAGAUUGAGCAAAUUUCCCGGGAGGAAAACACAAAAGCGGACUUAUUGGCACGCAUGGCCAGUGCAGUAGAGCAGACGUGGAGCGACGAGAUUAUUUUACUCUGUGAUACCAGAGAGAUGGGGACUUCACAAGUCUUCUCCGUAGAGAUCAGAGACGACUGGCGGGCUCCAAUUAUACACUUCCUUAAGACAGGGGAGCGGUUGAACAGAGAAACUAAUCAGAGGAGGAAGCCUAACUUUGCUUUAAACGAAGUUCAUGCAGGUUGCUGUGGUGGUCACACGGGAUUCCGGGACCUUGUACGCAAAAUCAUUCGAGCAGGAUUCUACUGGCCUAACAUCAACAAAGACGCCAGAGAGUUCGUCCGCAAGUGUGAGGCUUGCCAGAGACACACCGGGAGAAUCAACAUUCCAGGGGAACCUAUGGGCGUUAUGUACGCUGCAUGUCCAUUCGACAAGUGGGGUAUCGACAUAGUCGGGAAGCUGCCCACGGCACCAGGGGGCAAAUGCUUUCUGCUUGUAGCGGUGGACUACUUCUCUAAGUGGGUCGAGGCUGAGGCUGUGGGGAAAAUCGAUGAGAUUUGGCGUGCCCAGGACAUCGUGUCGGACAACGGAACCCAAUUUACUGGGCAGAGGAUUGCAGAUUUCUGUGAUCGGAUGGACAUCACCCAACGAUUUAUCUCGGUGGCUCAUCCGCAAGCGAACGGACAAGUGGAGUUGGCCAACAGGACAAUAUGCGAAGGGAUUAAGAAGAGGCUGAAUCAAAGUAGAGGCAAAUGGGUCGAGAAGUUAGACACUGUACUUUGGGCUUACCGCACUAGCCCAAAGACAGCCACUGGCGAAGCACCAUUCACUCUGGUGUAUGGAUCUAAUGCGGUGAUACCAGCGGAGGCAAGGUUGGAGUCAUAUCGGAUUACAACCUACAACACUGAGCACAAUGCCGAACUCCGCCGAGCAGAGUUGGAUUUGGUGGAAGCACAGAGGGAUGAAGCCCGGAUCCGAGCAGCAAAGUACAAGAGUAUUAUCAAGGCAGGAUACGACAAGAGAGUCAGAGCAAGAAAAUUAUCCAAGGGCGACCUGGUCCUUAAGCGAGCUGAUGCAUUAAAGGCAGUGGGCAAGUUCGAAGCUAAUUGGGAAGGCCCGUUCAUCAUCACAGAGGUCUUGGGUGGAGGAGCGUACAUAUUGUCGGAUCCAGACGACAGAGCUCUCCCUACACCGUGGAAUAUCAACACUCUCAAAAAGUUCUAUGUAUAA